UGUUCUUAUUUAAGUAGGGAGGAAAAUGGUGGAGAGGAAAGUCGGACGGCUGCAGUAGAAAGAAGAACAAGAAACAGAUUCAUUUCUGCCUCCUGACUCUUUGUGUGAACCAUACCGGGGCAUUAGAGCGUCAGCAGCAGUGAUGGCAGACUCAGAAAAGAUCAAGCAAACUGCAGUGAAGGUGCUAAGCUGCGUGGAGAAAGUGUCCUCCUUCGCCUCCUCCAUCGAUCCCAUCUUCGGCAUUGUCGCCUCCUUGGUCGGGGUGGCCCGCAAAGGACUGGUGGACGAAGAGAGCCACGCUCUGGAAAAGGACUUCCAGGAAAUUAACUCUAAACUGGAGACCAUCUCCCAAAAGAAUCAGCAAUGCCUGAGGAAGAUCCGCAUUGACGAGGUGAACGAGACCUACGGGAAGUACGAGGAGUACAUCAAGCACCAGUACACCGCCUUCAACAACAUGGUGGCUCAGGUGAAGAAAGAUCCAGAGAACACAGAGCGCUACUUUGAGAUCUAUGAGAAGAUCUACCAGAGGGAUAAGAGUGAUCUGAGUCUGGAUGUGUACUACCGUGGAGUCAUGGGCACCAACCUGCUGUUUGGGAGAACCCUGCUGAAGGUGUACAUGGACAACUGCGACGGCGACUUUGAGAUCAUGGAACGGCGCUGCUCACACAUCGCCCACCUGUUCCACAUAGGCCUCAUCGCCCUGAUGGCCUACACGGCUGUUACCGAGGACGAUGAAGAAGAGGUGCGGGAGAAGUGGGCCAAGAGGGUAGUGGACAUCCAGGACAAGAUGCAGGAGGUGCUGAGUCAGUGCAAACCAAAACCAGAGUCCUCCUGAAGACGGAGCAGCAGAGAGAGCAUCUCCUCUGAACUGUCAGCUGUGGACCAAUCACAAAACUAUAAAUUAUCUUAUAAUAUAUAUCAAUCCAAAGCCAUGUUUUCUUUUGUAAAGCUGCCUGUGAUGCUGUUAUAGCAGCAUUUUAGUUCUCAUAUGAACAUGUUUUGUUGUUUUUUGUUUAAGAGAGCACUAUCUGUUGCAGCUAUAUUGUGUAACUGUAAAUGCAUAAUUGAGGUAAAGUUUUAUACACAGAAGAAUUAAAAAUGUACAAAUGUACAAGUAAAUUGUU